GACAUUGGAGAAGGAGAAGGAGAAGGAGAAGGAGAAGAAGGAAUGGACAUAAUUUAAUUGGGAAGAGAUAGAGAUAGAGAUAAGAGUAUUGAUUGAGAAAAAGGAUACUGUUGUGAAGGAAGGAAGGAAGGAAGGAAGGAAGAAUGAGUAGUUUUAGUUUAAAUGUUGGAAUGAAAUUGUCAUGGCCGAUAGGAGAUGUAAGUAGGCAACAGAUUCAGAUGGGAAAUGUUAAAAUUAUGGCGUGUGUUUCUGAUGGUUCUACUCCCAGUCAGAGUUCCUUCCUUUCCCGUAGCCAGACCUAUGCUCUUUUGAAACAGCAAAUGGAUGUCGCCGCCAAAUCUGAGGACUACAAAGAGGCAGCCAGACUUCGUGAUUCUUUGAAAAUAUUUGAGGACCAAGAGCCUGUUUUGCGCCUUCAGAGAUUGGUCAAAGAGGCUAUUGCACAAGAGAGGUUUGAGGAUGCAGCGAGGUACCGCGAUGAGUUAAAGGAUAUUGCUCCGCAUUCUCUCUUGAAAUGUUCAAGUGAGGCAACAACACUGGGAAUCAGGGUUCAAGUUAGAAGUGUGUACAUAGAAGGUCGAAGUCAACCUUCAAAAGGCCUUUAUUUUUUUGCUUAUAGAAUAAGAAUUACCAACAACUCAGAUCGUCCUGCUCAACUUCUUAGAAGGCACUGGAUCAUCACUGAUGCUAAUGGAAAAACGGAAAAUGUCUGGGGAAUUGGUGUAAUUGGUGAACAACCGGUGGUACUUCCCAACACUGCUUUUGAAUACUCAUCUGCAUGCCCAUUAGGAACUCCAAGUGGAAGAAUGGAGGGUGACUUCGAGAUGAAGCAUAUUGACAGAGUCGGCUCACGGACAUUCAAUGUUUCCAUCGCUCCUUUCUCUCUCUCCAAAGUUGAAGAUGGCAGUGAUACCUUUUCCGAUGGGAGCUGAGAAUACUUUGAAGCAUGCGCGCACCUCAUUUGUACAUUUUUAUAUAAAAUUUUAGGCUAAGGUUGUGUUUUAGUUGCUGGCAGAUAAUAAACUCUUGAUAUCAGACUCAUUGGGUGUAGUAGAUAAAUGCUACCGAUAGAUGUAAUAUAUUCCCAUGGGUAAAAAGUAUGGAACAUAGGAAUCUCAUGCAUUCAUUUACAUCUUGCGAGCUUUGAAGAUAUCUGUAAAUUCCAAAUGUAUAUAAUAU